AUGAGGCCUCGGCCUCGCGUAGGGGAGGCCCCGGCCCCUAUCCCCGUUCCCUCGGCAGGAGCGUCCGGGCCAGUCCGAGCCCAGGGCCGCCUCCGCCGCGCUCACCUGGCCGAGGCGGCCUCUCCUGCUCGGUCACCGCCGCUGCGGAGGCAAAAUGGAGGCCAGGCUCCGUCAGCCGCCGCGGCCAGACUGCGGGAGGGAGGGAAGGAGGGAGGGAGGAGGGGGGCGGGCAGGGAGCAGGAGCAGAAGAGCGCAGGAGGGGGCCCGCCCAGAGCGGCCCGCGGCUUCUGCUUCCGGCCGGGGCGGGGCGUCGGCCACGUGACUGUGCUGGAGACCUGCCCUCCCAGCUUGCAGAUCUCUUGCAGCAAAAACAACAAGGAGUUUCCCGUGUCGAAGAAUGGGGCCGCUCUGCGGCGGCGCAUCCGGCCCCUCUCUAUAGUCCCCUCGCUCUCCCGGCCUCGCGCAAAUGGCGGCCACGGACGUCGAGAGCCGGAAGUGCGCGCCGCUCUGCCCGGCGGCGUCUCUAUGCGCUCCGCUUCUGAUGGCGUCUCUGGGAGGUUCGCUUCCGGUUCGCCUGAGGGACCAGGAAGGAGGAGCGUGGAAAUGGCGGCGCUGGCGGGGCGCCGAUGCCGGCUCUGGGCGGCGCUGGCGCUGGCGCUGCUGGGCCUGGGCGCCUGCGGGGCGGCGGGCGGCGAGGACGGGGCCGGCGUGGUGACGUGCGGCUCUGUGGUGAAGCUGCUCAACCCCCGGCACGGAGUCCGCCUCCACUCGCACGACGUCCGAUACGGCUCCGGCAGCGGGCAACAGUCGGUGACAGGCGUCACGGCCGUGGACGACGGCAACAGCUACUGGCGUGUUCGGGGCAAGACAUCCACCGUGUGCGAAAGGGGCACCCCGGUCAAGUGCGGCCAGGCCAUCCGGCUGACCCACAUCAACACGGGACGCAACCUGCACAGCCACCACUUCACGUCGCCCCUUUCCGGCAACCAGGAGGUCAGUGCCUUUGGGGAGGACGGUGAGGGGGACGUUCUGGAUGAUUGGACGGUCCUCUGCAGCGGCAGCUACUGGGACCGGAGUGACGAGGUGCGGUUCAAGCACUCCUCCACGGACGUGCUCCUGUCGGUGACUGGUGAGCAGUACGGGCGGCCCAUUCACGGCCAGAGGGAAGUGCACGGCAUGUCUUACUCCAGCCAGGACAGCUACUGGAAGGCCAUGGAAGGGAUCUUCAUGCAGCCCUCUGAGCUGCUCAGGGCAGAACUCCACCACACCGAGCUAUGACAGCGGAAGGGGCGGCCUCAUUGAGCCCAUCGGAGCUCCCGGGUUGUUCCUCGGACGACUGAGGCUGCAGGUGCUGCUGGGCGCUUGGGCGCUGUGCCCUCGUGGGAAUUCUGGGAAGGAGGAGGUGUCCCACCGCGCCCGGUGGGGCCGUCUUCAGCAGCUCAGCAGUGUUGCCCUUCUUUCUCCCGCCCCCACCUUCCCUGCGCACCUUCUAUUGCUGAUAUUCAAGCACACGUGUGCCUGGGAAUCAGCCAUCAAUAAACGGUCAUCCAAGCA